AAGAAAGAACAAAGAGAACGAACUCAUUUCUGAACCCAAUUCUUCACUUCUUCCCCUCAUUUCUUCCCUAAUAAAUCAGUAAAUUUGAAUGGAUUUCGAAGCAAGUUAUGAAAUUUCUCGGACUGCCGAUUAUAUUCAUACCCAUAAUUUCAAUAGGGUUGCUCUUCAGUUUCCUGAUGAAUUGCUGAAAGAUUCGGUUAGAGUUGUGAGAGCACUACAAGAAAAGCUUCGUGCACUUCGAAAGUGUGAUGAUGAUGGGGCAGAAUGCCUUGGUAAGGGAAGGAGGGAUGUGGGUUUGUAUGUUAUGGCUGAUACAACUUACGGUAGUUGUUGUGUUGAUGAAGUUGGGGCAGCUCAUAUCAAUGCCGAAUGUGUUGUACAUUAUGGACAUACUUGUUUGAGCCCGACAUCAACUCUUCCAGCUUUUUUUGUUUUUGGAAAGGCGGAUAUAGAUGUUGCAGACUGCUCACAGAAAAUAUGCGGUACUAAUUCAAAUAGGAACAAGCCUGUAUUGGUUCUUUUUGGGCUAGAAUAUGCACAUGGAAUGCAUGAUUUGAAAGAGGCAUUGGCAGAUGAAGCGCUUAAAUUGUCCACAUCUUCAUCCAAGCUGGAUAUUAGCUGCGCCAGUGUUUUAUCUUCAGCUGUUACUCCACCCAAAGACCAGAAUACAUCUAUUGGUCACAUUGAAGUUGCUAAUAACCUUUUGGAUUGUCAUGAAGCUAGUAAUGCAAAUGUUCAUAAAUCAUAUAACAUUAGUGGUCUUACUUGGAGUUUACCAAAUGACCGGCGGAUAGAAGAUUACUUAGUUUUUUGGAUUGGACCUGAUAAUUCAGCAUUUGCAAAUAUUGUGCUGACUUUUAAUACUUGCGAAAUUGUGAGAUAUGAUCCUGCAGAAAAGUGCCUGAUUACAGAUGUAUCCCAAAUAACUAGGAUUCUUAAACGUAGAUAUUACCUGGUGGAAAAGGCAAAGGAUGCUAAUAUUGUUGGAAUCCUGGUUGGGACUCUUGGCGUAGCUGGUUAUCUUCACAUGAUUCAUCAAAUGAAAGAUUUGAUCACAAAAGCUGGAAAGAAGGCAUAUACAAUUGUUGCUGGGAGACCAAACCCAGCAAAGCUUGGUAACUUCCCUGAGUGUGAUGUAUUUAUCUAUGUAUCUUGUGCUCAAACCGCGCUGUUGGAUAGCAAAGAGUUCCUUGCGCCAAUCAUCACUCCAUUUGAGGCCAUGCUUGCUUUCAACAGAGGGAGCCAGUGGACAGGGGAAUAUACAACGGAAUUCAGAGAUCUGAUGAAUAUGCCAUCAUUUGAAGUUGAAGAUGACACGGAUGAACCACGAUUUUCCUUCAUCAGGGGUGGAUAUGUUGAAGAAUUCGAUCAUGAAGAAAUUCUUGUUGAUUGUAGGUGAAUUUUCAGAGAAUACUGACGGUAGUGAGGACAGCCUUGCAUUGGCUGUAGCAACUGAGAAGGCCCUUCGGCUAAGAGAUGAAAAUGCAAAUGCUCUUGCGAAGAUCACUCCGAAAUCUGGGGCAGAAUUUUUGGCAAUGCGAUCAUACCAGGGUCUAGACAUACACCAUGAUGGCUCAACACCGAAGCCCAUUCUGAUCGGUAGAACAGGAAGAGCAGCUGGUUAUGCAGAUGAGAAGAGUCAACAAUAGCUUGAGAUUUUUUUCUCUGUUUUUUUCUCAAAUCAUUAUAUUCUUUAUCUUUUAUUUCCUCUUUUAACUUAAUCUCUACUUAUAUUUUGUUGUAUAAUUUCACUUUUAUCUCUUCUUUAAAUAUUUAUCUUCAAUACAAGCAAUCACCUUAAUAAUUACUAUUCAUGUAAAUUCAAUAAGUUGCACGAAUAUGCACCUUUUAAAAAAUGUAAACGUAGGCAUUCUUAUUUUAUCUCAUUUUUUAUUUGAUUCUUUCCCAUCAAUUUUG